UGUGCCUUAGUACAAUCGACACUGGACGAGAAAGAAAAAGAAGACUGGGAAAAGCUAGCGGAAGGUGAUGAUAGUGAGCUGGCGACAACGCUGGCUAUGCAAAAGAAGUACCUGGCAAACGCCGUUCCACGUGGGCAGAGCGCAGCAAACAGAGGUAUGCCGGGGAUUGGCUCGUUUGACAUCAAUAGGGAUCAGCUUGCGGUUGAGGAGUUGUUGCAAUCGAUCAGUAGCGCCUUCAUUGACUUCAAAUUGCCAAUGGACGAUACCGAUCCAACCAAUACUUGGGCCUACUUUGGAUCGGGUGAUGCUGACGAAGCAUUCGGCACGGGGGAAGGUGGGUCCUUGGGCGAACUUUCUGAUCUCGGGCUUGGCGACGUCGGUGAGAAUGAUGAUGACGAUCCAUUCGGCAACGUAGGAGGUAACAUAUUUCAGGAUAAGUCGAGUAUCAACGAUGAUGAAGAGGACACAAAUGAUCCCUUCGCACCGCUACAAUCUGCCGAUAUGGCAACAGACGCCAACUCCAUUGACAACGAUUCGCUAGUAGGAGACACUCUACUGGGACAUACCGUCGGACUUGACUACAGAUCAACGCUCGUUUCUGCGGGUCUCGAAGAAAACGAGGCCGAUGCUAGCGAUGUGCCAUUGACCGGGCCGAUGGACCAUAAUAUAUUGCAAUUUCUUCAAGCUGUCAAUGAAGCCACCCCGAAUUCCGCAUCUACUUCAAACGCUAUCGGAACAUCCGGCAUGAAUGAUAAUUUCGCCGAUUUCGAUGCGGUUCUGGGAUCCGGUGGUUUUGAUGCAGUAACUACUGGUUCCCCGUUUGACGCUAUUUUCGCCCCCGUUACGACACCUAUCGGACCAUCUUCCUCUUCCAACGGGCCAACGGAAUUUGAUUUCGAAAAUGCGGAUAUAUUCUCUUCAACUACACAUCCCUCCAACAAUGCUAGUGUCAGCGCAAUCGAUGUAACAAAAGUGCCGGAUUUUGAUGAGGCUACCUCUACAAAGGUAGCUGUUUCCGUCGAUGCAAAUGAUAAAAUGUCUCAAAGCCCUGCAGCAGAUGAUGUUGUGGUGCGAACAGAAACUGAAACCACCUCAAAUAGCAUUCAAUCGACCACUUCUUCGGUAACUUCAUCCGAUGAAAAAUCGUCUGAGCAGUUGGACAUCGCAACCCCGAAACCGGAAAAUGACAAUUCGUCAACGGGUAAUAAUACCGCAUCCACAAAAAAUGAUGAUACUAAACCUGCUGAGCCGAAUACCAUCUGCUCGGAAGCAGAUGAUAAGCAAACGGAAAGUAAACUCGCCAAAGAAGAUGACCUUGUCGAGCAGGGACUAGCAGUAGAUUCAGAGACUGCAGCUUCAGCUACUGCUGCAUCAGAAAGUUGCAGUUCCGUUGCCGAUUCCAAUUCAAGUGGUCCAACGGAUAAUUGAGGGUGUCCUAACGACGGACGUUGCCAUCCGGUCCGGUCUCCAUCGUAUCAGACUCCCUGCCCACCAUCCUCACCAAGGCGAAUAUCAAUGGUAGCGGACGAAUCUCGACCAAAGCAGCAACGCAAUCGACGUCGUCGAAGGCAACGGCGACGACACGGCCAACAAGUAGAGACAUCAGUGCCAACAGCGGCUACUGUCGUUGUAGAGUAGCUGGGGCGAUCAGCCCCAACGCCAUAGCAUGUUUGUACGCAUCGUUCUCUUACGUUUGUGCAGCACUGCGUGGUGGAGUACGGAAUUCAGAUUCGCUAUAUAAGCCUUUCUCUUUACGCUGAUGUGAGUAAUGAAAUGCCAGAUUUGUUUUACAUCGAAUCGUCGUAUGUGUAAUAGUGCUAAAUGAAUUCGGAAGUAUGGCACUGGUAACUGCACAUGAACUAUGCAUUGGUUGCAUUGUUUUGAUUAUCGGUACUGUCAUUGAAGCUACAACCGAGAAGACUUGGUUUGUAGCAACACAAUUACAGUUUCAUAAUUCGAUCGCUGCGUAUCUGCAGUUAGAUCCUUUCUUUCAUUUUUUUUUGCCCAAAUACUUGCCAUAUUUAUUGCCAUCCCUGCUGGUAGUCUUCAAAAUUGUCUGUUGAAACUGGAACGACAUGAGACACAGUAAUUCUUCUACAAAAAGGCACCAUUACGGCACCGUAUAAGUAGUGCGUAUCAAGAAGAGUAUUACUAACGCAUUCUUUAUGCUCACUACCAACUGAACCCACCCCUAAUGAGCAACUUAAUGCUUUCGGAUAGUCGACACAAGCGAGAGGGACGCUUCUGGAUGGUGAUUCAAAUCAAAUCUGUGCUGUGAAACCCAUUGUAGAGGAAGAGAUGCUUCGACAUUUUCUUAUUCUUUGUAUUUUGCGUUCCAUUAUUGUGCGAUAGGAGAUGGGAGGAACAGGAUAAUCUGACCGCAGCACCAAUUGCGCCACUAACGCUCUUUCAUCAAGCGAUGAGAAUAUCAAAACGGAACAUAGAUUUAUCCUCUCGAGUUGCUGUCGGCAGCCGGGAGAUUGAACGGCGUAUUAAGGCAUACCAAAAUACUAAACUUAUUGAUGUCAUAUCAAAAAAUGCAGUAGUUGCUGAGGAAUGAUUAAUUAUAAAUUUGAAAUCAAUUAGAGCUAGACGAAAAUAGAAAAUCCAACCAUACGUAUAUUUAUAUGCCAAUCGCGCGAUAUAAGUCGUGCCUAUGUUUCAUAGAGCAGUUUGGUGCCGGUAUUCAGAGUAGCUUCGGCGAUUUUACUUAUUUUUCUAUCCUUUUUCAAACUGCUUUCAACAUACGGAGCACAUGCUUUAACGCGAUUAUCGGCAAUGAAACAAAUAACUACACAAGCAAGUGUUGAUCGUGUGUUUCGCAAGUGUUUCUAAAAAUCCUUUGAGUAUCUGUUCGAUGCGUGUCGAGCGCGGGCUUGUUUUGUUAUAAAAAGAGACUAAAGUCUGCGUCUAUAUCGAAAUUGAACAUCAUUAGCGACAAUAAGUUCUCUUCUUCUAACUUCUCUCCCGUUAUCGAUGGCCGCCUUGUUCAUUUUUACAUUAAUUGCUGCCCUUAUUAUCGCACACAGCCUUUUAAGAGCGAAGGGGAGAGAUGCACCCUAUCUUUUCGUGAAACCAAAAUGGUAGGCAAAGGAAGAAAGAGAAUAUAAAAUUACCAAAUCAAAAAGGAAAACCAAACGUAUAGGUACUUUACCUUUAGUUCAAGGUAAAAAAGUCUGAACUCCGGUGGUGGCGAAUGAUCAAGUUGUAUGUUUCGAGUCAGAUUUGGCAGACCGCAUGUGUGGUAAUAAUUCGUCCAGUUGUGUUUCGUUAUGUAAAGGGAAAAUGAGUCGCAUGUUACAUGAAAACGAAGUGUCUUCUUUUCUGUUGUUUAAGAUAAAAACGAAUCACUACUGUGCUCGGCUUGACGUUACCAAGUUGCUCAUCGGUUGCUUCCCUUUUAGCAAAGGAUAAUGAAGAUGCGCUUAGGGAUACGUGAGAAGGAAUUCAACGGUCAAUUGAGUAAGGUCGCGGUUUUCGCACGAUUCCACUGCAACGGAUGUGAGUUAUGUUUCCAUACGAGAAAAUGUAGCGAUGAAUGGUUUUUGGAGGACAGCGGAAUUCAACGAUGGAUUCCUCUCCAGUAAUAUCAAAUAAUGCUCAAACACAAACACAUCCAGCCGUUGUUUUGCAUUGUCAAAAGACACAAUCUGUUAAUCGUUUUCGUACUCCUAAAGCCCUUUGUUUUUCAACCAAGUGCCCUGAUCGUGAAAAUGGUAGCUACUAAUGAAUUAGGAAUAAAAAAUAUUCUAGAAACGACGACAAUUGGUGCAUUGUAAAAAGGUAAUAGAAGUACAGUGUAUGUAAUAACAUAUGGUAUAGGUAUAUAUAUACAUACAUAUGACUAAACCAUAAACACACUUGGCCUCUGUCUGUGAGAUGUAGGGAAAAGGAAAGGAUCAAGGGACAAACUCCUAUGUACACCCGCAUACCUAAUAUGGACUAAUGAUAUUUACAUUGACGCGAACGCUGAAAGGAGGAAAAAGCAAACACUAAUGGGUCUUCCGGAGGAAAUUCAUUUUAUGCGCUUGUCUCUGUUGGACCACUGAAUAAGGCGAGUUCAGGCGUCCCUUCGUAGCUUACAUAUUGCUGAGACAGCAAGUGGUGAAAAGUGUGUUUCAUCUGCCUCGCAGUGAUAAGAGCUACAACCAGCUAAAGCUAGAUUCCUUCAAUUAAUGUUGCUUGUGUGUGCCGUGUGCGCGUGUGUGUUCGAAUGUGUGUCUGUCUAUCUGUCGUCUGUCUGUCUGUCUGUCUGUCUGUCCGUCAGGAUAUCCCGUUCCUUCAAUCUUGCGGUUCGACGACGUACAUACUAUUUAGCUAAGGUAUUAUCGAAUCCUACCACACACACGCUACACCCAUUCCUGUAUGUGUCUGCAUUUUGCAUCACACUUCAGAAUGGCAGCACUAGCGAUGCCUAGUUGUUGUGCAAUGAUGUUUAAAGGCUCAUCAGGAGACGAAAAAACACACACACACAAGACACUGGAGAAACAUUCUCGACGCAAAUGUACAAAAAUACACGCGAAUCGUGUGUGCAUUCACACGCCACUUACUGCAGCAAUAUCCAAAAUGGCAACUCUGUACAUUCUUAACACUCACUUUACAUUCUAUAUUUGUUGUGCGUGCCGUACAGGAUCCAAGAGGUGGUCCCGCGGCUAUGCAAGCGAUGAUUUAGGAUAGCAUAAUAUCUUCACUUACACAUUCACCUAGAAGAAACAUGAACACAACAACGAUGCCAACAACAAAAGUACACAAGACUAGACUAGUUGCUUUAAAUGGAACCGUCUGGUAGCCCCUGGCUAACCGUAACCGUAUUUUGAUCGUUCUGUUUUGAGAGUUUUUUUUUUAUCAACUUUGUUAGUUACUUCAUCAAAAGGAGACAACUUAUUGCUGGGCACAAGAUAGAGCCAAAGUUAUGGAGAAAUCAGGAGGAGGGAUUAGAUUAAUUGUUUUCUUUUUUCACAAAUGACACCCAUAAAACACACCGAGAGACUGUUCUGACU